CGUCAGACAGGCUUGGGGAUGAUGAGAUCCUGCUCAUCAUGAAGACCGGCGGCACGUCCAUGUGGAAGCGCCUCCUCGUCCACCUCACCACAACACUUUCUAGCAGCCGCAUCUCCCCGUCCAACAUUGUUAUAUAUUCGGACAAUGCUGAGACCAUCGGCUCCUUCACCGUCGUCGAUGCCCUCGCCAACAUGACCGACGAGGCCAAGCGAUCGGCCGACUUCGACGUAUACCGGCAGCAGCCCGAAUACGUCGCCCACAAUUACUACAGCGAGGCCGCUGGUGUCGACGGCGAUGAAUGGGGCCCCGUCGGCGGUUGGAUCGUCGACAAGUACAAGUUCAUCCCGCUCAUGGAGCAUGCCGGGCGGAAUUGGCCGCACGUCAAGUGGUACAUUUAUAUGGAAGACGACGCGUACCUGUUCCUCCCCAACAUCCGGAAGUUUUUGGCGGCCUUCGACUGGCGGAAGAAGCACUACCUGGGCAGCUAUGCCGCCAAGUCGGACGCCGUGUUUGCACACGGUGGCGCGGGCUUUGUGCUCUCAAGGGGCGCCUGGGAGGCCUCGUUUGGCAAGAACCCGGGCAUGGUGGAAAAGUAUCACCAGUACGUCGCGGACCACUGCUGUGGCGACCAAGUGCUCGGCCUGGCGUUGAAAGAGCAUGGGAUCCGCUUCGGGGAGAACGGGGGCGAUGAGAAGUUCACGUGGGGCUUCAAUCCCUUAGUCCACUGGACCUUUGCCUUCAGCAAGAGUAACUGGUGCCAUCCCUUGCUGUCCUGGCACAAAGUCCACAACCGAGACGUUGCUCGCUACUACGACCUGGAGAAGAGGUGGGACUUCAACACCCCGCUGUUAUAUCGCGACUUCUUCAGGAGCAUGAUCUUGCCCCGAAUCCAGAAGAACGCGGAGUGGUGGGACAAUAUGGCUAGCCUCUACGAGAUAUCUUCUGCCAACAAGGAGUGGGCAGCUGUUCCCAAGGACGGCAGCAAGUACGAUGCCGCCUUGUGGAAGAAGGCGUGGCAGUCCGUCAAGGCCUGUGAGGCUGCCUGCAAAGGCUGGACUAACUGCGCUAUGUGGUCGUUCGUCGAAGACCUGUGCAAGCUAGACGACAAGAUUACCAUGGGACAGGGCUAUGCACCGUCCAUGUCCCAGCGGAAGACGUCACUAAAGCACACCAGCGGGUGGAUGCCCGACCGGCUAGAGGGCUGGACAUGUUGAGGCGCUGUGUUCUGGUUCAGAUUGCAUUCACGUGGCGCGAUAGACUUUUCAUGUAC